GGAAGUUGUCGGGCUGUUGGCUUUCAAGAGCGAAUAGAAAACAAGGUUUUAACCAAUUACGUCUUCAAAAGCUACCGGGGAAUUAACGAGGAGAUGUGCGAGGUAAAUUGCUUUUUAGAACUGGGGUGCGUGUCCUAUAAUCACGGUACAAUGGACGAUGGACUGUUUCUGUGUGAGCUGAAUGACAGAGAGCACAUGGAAGUGCCUCCGAGUGAACUGGUGACAAAAGACAGGUUUAUAUAUCGUGCAAUAUCAAUAGUAAGUGGCAAAUUAAGCUUGUGUUAUUCAUUAAUGAGGAACCUGCUUCCUUGAAAUUAACUUAGUCUCUUUUUGCUUUGAAUCAUAAACUCAAAAGCGUUGAUGACACUGAUACCGCUUGCAAAUUAUUAUUAUUUUUUAUCUUAUCUUAUCUUUUUCUUUUUUUUUUUUCUUUUUCAGAAUUUUUGUGCCAGUAAUCCUUGCUCAAGCAACUCAACUUGUCAAACAGGAUUUGGCAAGCAAGGGUUUCGCUGUUUGUGUCCACGCGGUUAUCUUGGCGACAAUUGUGAAUUGGGUAAAUGAAUAUAAAAUAAAUAAAUUGAUGAAUAGAGGAUUAGAGGAAUAGUUUAAUAAAUGAAUGAAUGAACGAAUUGAAGAACAAAGAGAUAUCCAGACAGAACGAUUUAUUCUGCGCAUGUCUACUGAUAAACUGAAAAUACUGACCUUUUCGAACGCAACUGUAGAAGUAAUAUAUAUUUUUUUCCUUUGUUUAAAGAUGUUGAUGAAUGCAGCUCGUCUAAACAUAAUAACUGUUCAUCUAAUGCUGACUGUUCUAAUUUACCUGGCUCUUUUAAAUGCGAUUGCAAAUCUGGAUACACAGGAGAUGGCGUGGAUUGUGCUGGUAGGAUUCUUGAAUCUUAGUUAAGAGUUCCCCUUGAGUCAUUUCAUAUAAUCACCUUCUUACAUUUAACUCUGAUACCAUUUCACAGAAUUAGCUGACUGCAAGGAUGUUUUAAAAGUGACUGGGAUAUACCACAUUACGAAUCACGGACUGGAGUCAUUUCCAGUUUACUGCGAUCAGUCUGAUGAUGGAGGAGGUAAUAGACUGUAG